AUGCACACAAAUCCUUUUGCUUGGACAAAUACACCCAACACCCACCUGCGGCGGGUGGCGCCGACAGCAAUACGAGAUGGUGGCAACAGCAUCGAAGUUAGCGGUGGUAGGCAGCUGGUCGACAAUGGAAAGGAUCAGCAGCAGCGGCGAACAGCGGCUCUAUGGCGGCAGAUGGUCUUACCAACGAACUUCCAGUCACUCACGACCCUCGCAGAAGCAAAACCCCACUCGAUUGUAGGUCUUGGCGGCCAUCUCGGCGAACACGUCAAUUCCGGUAGCGGGGCUGUGACGGAGGCAACCCCCGGCGAAGCAGCAGCGCUUGAAGUCGUUCCAAUGGUUGCGGCGGCUAGGGACCCUUGCUACAACUUGGUCUCCAACAGGUCUCUCGGUCAGGAGGAUGGGGCUCGAUUGUUGGCUUCGGUGGUCCUAGUCGUCGGCGGCUGA